CAGCCUUUUCUGUGCAGAUCAGACGCCUGUGGAUACCCUUCCUGAGCCGGCAGCCCCACUCUGCCCCGUUGGCUUGAGCACUUGCUGUGAUUUCAUCCUGUAAGCAGUACAACUCAUCUUGGUUUGAAAGAAAAAGAAAGAAACAUAACUGAACAGAGCUGUCCUCGGUGUUUGCUAAAAUGCUCAAAGAGGGGCCCAGGAUUUUAAGAGCACAUUCUGAGGGAAAUUCUGACAUUGCGAGCUGCCGCCCUUUCUCUUUGCGCUUGGCUUGGCUGAUUUCCAAAGCACCAAGGCCAGCAGUUGAGGGACUGAAAUGUAAUCGGUGGCAGUACAUUUGCACCACAUGAAACCUUCUCUGCCUCCAAAGGCUCCAGAGGCUGUGGGAAGCAGCACACCAGCAACAGCUCACAGCUGAGGCACUCGGACUGGAGGGAAGAUUGGAUCGCAAUGUCCCAGCAGAAGUGCAUCGUGAUCUUUGCCCUCGUGUGCUGCUUUGCCAUUCUCGUCGCGUUGAUCUUUUCAGCUGUGGACAUCAUGGGAGAGGAUGAGGAUGGACUCUCGGAAAAAAAUUGUCAAAAUAAAUGUCGAAUUGCCCUGGUGGAAAAUAUUCCUGAAGGCCUUAACUAUUCAGAAAAUGCACCAUUCCACUUACCACUUUUCCAAGGCUGGAUGAAUUUACUCGACAUGGCCAAAAAGUCUGUUGACAUAGUGUCCUCCCAUUGGGAUCUCAACCACACUCAUCCAUCAGCAUGUCAGGGUCAACGUCUUUUUGAAAAGUUACUCCAACUGACAUCACAAAAUAUUGAAAUCAAGCUAGUGAGUGAUGUGACAGCUGAUUCAAAGGUAUUAGAAGCCUUGAAAUUAAAGGGAGCCGAGGUGACCUACAUGAACAUGACCGCCUACAACAAGGGCCGGCUGCAGUCCUCUUUCUGGAUUGUGGACAAACAGCACGUCUAUAUCGGCAGUGCCGGUUUGGACUGGCAGUCCCUGGGACAGAUGAAAGAGCUUGGUGUCAUCUUCUACAACUGCAGCUGCCUGGUCCUAGAUUUACAAAGGAUAUUUGCUUUGUACAGUUCAUUAAAAUUCAAGAGCAGAGUACCUCAGACCUGGUCCAAGAGACUCUAUGGAGUCUAUGACAAUGAAAAGAAAUUGCAACUUCAGCUGAACGAAACCAAAUCUCAGGCGUUUGUGUCGAAUUCUCCCAAACUCUUCUGCCCCAAGAACAGAAGCUUUGACAUAGACGCCAUCUACAGCGUGAUAGAUGACGCCAAGCAGUACGUGUACAUCGCAGUCACCGACUAUCUGCCCAUCUCCAGCACGAGCACCAAAAGGACUUACUGGCCAGACCUGGAUGGGAAAAUAAGAGAAGCACUGGUUUUGCGAAGCGUUAAAGUGCGACUCCUGAUCAGCUUCUGGAAGGAAACGGACCCGCUCACCUUCAACUUCAUUUCAUCUCUUAAAGCUAUUUGCACAGAAAUAGCCAACUGCAGUUUGAAAGUCAAAUUUUUCGAUCUGGAGAGAGAGAAUGCUUGUGCAACAAAAGAACAAAGAAAUCACACCCUUCCUAAAUUAAACCGCAACAAGUACAUGGUGACAGAUGGAGCCGUUUACAUCGGGAAUUUUGACUGGGUAGGGAAUGAUUUUACCCAGAAUGCUGGCACGGGCCUCGUCAUCAACCAGGCAGAUGUGAGGAACAACAGAAGCAUCAUUAAGCAACUUAAAGACGUGUUUGAAAGGGACUGGUACUCACCUUAUGCCAGAACCUUACAGCCCACCAAACAGCCGAACUGCUCCAGCCUGUUCCAACCCAGACGCCCCGCCAACAAAACUGCCUCUGAGCCCCAACGCGAGGAAAUUAACUGACUGUCAGCACUUGCGUUCUCCUAUUUAUACACCAAGGACUUGAGGAGAGAAAAAAAAACAAUUUAAUAUGUCUUUUUUAGGGGGAAAACAAAGCACACAUUAAAAAAAUUGAAUGAUAUGUAAUAUCUCUAGCUGACGAUAUCUUAGCACCAUGUACUCACAAUUUAAGACUUUUAUAUUUGUUACUCUGACAGAGAAUGCCGUUCUGGCUUAGAAGUUUGUUUUUAUGUUUGCAUACAAGAUUUAAGACUUUGAUUCCUGUUUCCUGGUCCUUUCUGGUUUUAGAGCCUUUUCUGCUGGCCGUUGGCCAGUUCUUAGGAAAUUUAGCAUGAGGUGAGCUUUUUUUAUUUUGACACCAUUCUGAGCACUGCUGAUUAGGAGAAAAAGGUGAGGACUUCACUGUGGAGAAGAAGACACUGAUAAAUCCAAGAAUUUGGCUUUGUAAACCAUCUCUAAAACCUACCCAAGCUCCAACACAUACACACCUCACAUCUUAUGUCAGCCUUCAACACUCUGGAAAAAUACUUUUUGUGUGUUUUUGUUCAGCAUCUUUUUAAUAUCCUCGGUUUCAUUUUAUCAUUUCAUCUUCUCACAAAACAUUCUGAUUACAUAAUGUCCCUAUAUUCAACCUCAACAUUAGUUCCCAGUAUGGUAGCAUCUUUUAAAAAUCAAUGAAUUCCUCAGAAUGAAUACAAAAUAGAAAUAGCCGUCUUUAAUUUUCACCUCAACUACAUUCUUCCCCCGUACCGAAUCAGUUCUUUUAAAAAAAACACAGCUAGCAAUAGGUACCUUUUCUCUCCAGCUCAGAAAGGUGAUGUAGCCACCUGCUAAUAUCCAGAAAGCUAUUCACUCUGCAUUUUUGAGAACGAUGUAGGUUCCCACACUUUUUUUGGUUUACAGUCUUAUAAAGGAAAGGUCUUUAUGCGUGAGUGGAUUUAAAUUUCUUUCGACUCAUUAUGCUGUUAAGAGUAUGCCAGCAAACGUUUAUAGAGCUAUUUAAUAUACCUUCUGCUAUUUAAUAUACCAAAUGCUUUUCAGAGAAAUGCAAUUUAAAUACUGUGCUUAACAUAUUUUACUAAGAAACAGAAAUAUUGGAUUAUUGUUCUAUAAUGUCAUUGUGUGUCGUUUUAUAUCUAUACAAUAUAUAACCAUGUAUUAAUGGAGACUCCUGCUACAUAAGAUCCCCAGGCAGGUGACCAGGACACCCACACCCCGUGUAGCUCCUGACCGCGGGGCUCAGAACAGAGCCUUCGGCUCCUUAGCCUGGGGUUUCUGUUGCUAAUGUAAAAACAGAAAUACUUACCUACCUCGCAAGAAUGUUGUCAUGGUAGGAGAUAUUUAUAACUUGUUUUGCAAUCAAAAGAACCUAUAUCAAUGCUAAGCAUUAUAAUGUUUAAUCUUUUUCUUGAAAUAAUCUUUGUGGUAUCCUGAUAGAAUCAAGACCAGGUCCUCCUCAAGAACCCAGAAAGGGAAAACAAGUCCACAGCUUCCUGUCACAAAUGUGGAUGGCCAGAAUGCAGGGACACAAAGCCACUGGUGGAAACCUGGACUGGAUGGAACGUGUUUGCUGGAUCACUCGACAUAAACGAUAUCAACACAAAAUUAGACACUGUGCUAGGAGUCGUUCUUUAGGACCAGCAUAUCAUGUGUUUUCAGAGCAAGGACCAGUGAGUGGUUUCAACCUUCGCUUUUCAUUUCUGCAGGCUUACCUAAUGGAAUCACGCCGGGAGAACGGCUGCUGUUGGUCACCUUAGUUCACAUUACUUCCUGUCUGGUUGUUUCCAAUUACUGCUUCACUGACUCCUUAGCCAGUCAAUCAAGAAAGCUGGAAGGAGGCUGUAUGGUAAAGGGCAGUGUGUUUUUACGACUUUGGGGGGAUCCUCAAUGAAAUCCUUCAUCAGUCAUGGCCAAUAUCUAAGUCUUUAAAUAUGCAUCUCAUGCAUAGUACUUGUUCACGUAGGAAGUUCUUUUUGUCACCCAAGUAAUGGUGGCUUUAAUGAUGUUUUUUGAAAGAAAGAAUAGAGUGGGGACAAGCAGACCUCCCAAGUUCAUCACCCUGGGACCAACAAAAAGGUUAGGGGUUUACAAAAAGAACAUCUAAAGGGAAAGGAAAUAGUUACUUCCUUAAUGAUCCCCAAGUUGUCUACUGAAAUCAAUAUUCCACAGCCAAGGGACGAGGGCAGGCCUAGAGAAAAGGCCUACACUUAGAUAUCCAUGUGGUAGGACAGCAGGAUGUCAUCUUUUAGGAAAUGAUACAGUCGCUGUUUUUUCCUGAGUCCCAUUGAAACGAUGCCCCAGGAACUAUAUCCUGGUUUUUCUCCCAGGCACCGGCAGCUUCAGGGCUCUACAGGACACAGCAGCACACCGCACCAGGGUAAUCAGGGUGGUGGAGGCCAUGCCAACCUCCUGUGGCAACCAGGAAGAUGGGCCCUGAACACCAAACGUGACAACACUGAAAUGAGGCUGUGUCUCCUAAGAGAACGUUCCAUUCUGUUGCAUUUUCUCUUUCAUUUGGAUGUCCUGUCUCCUUCUUUUCGAGGUGGCCUUUCUCUCUUUGUAUCUGUGCUAAAUAAAUGAUUAACUUCUAUCCCUCCCACUCCCAAAUGUCCCAGGAAAUACUUCUCAAGAGAAAGAACAAAACAAAAACACUUUGAGAAUAUUGAGUAGAUGGCUAUGCCAGGGAUUAUAAGGAGGAUGGUUAUUACUAACCUUUUUUUUUCUCCAUAAACAUUUCAGAAAUCAUUUCCCCAGGGGGAGGAAAAAGAAAACCAAAUGCAGUUUGAGACCAAAUCAUAUUGUGGAUUCCUCUGUCACUAACACUAACUUAGUGCCUUAUUUAUUCUGAAGUAUUGGUUUUAAACAGUGGUCCCCUAUAAGACGACACUUCUUACUCCGGAGUCUCUUAUGACCUUCUGCUGGGCCGGCAUGUUGGAAAAUUAUACACAUGUUUCCUUCCCUUCCCAAAGAGUCUAUCACCCAAAAUCAAUCCCUGAAACACAUUGCCAAAUAUCAGUACUGCUGGCCUCUGCGGCAUCGUCGCUGACCCUUGGGGUACCACGGAAUUGGAUCACAGGUGAUCAGACCACGGGACAGGAAGCAGACUCUCCUGAGAUUGUAUUUGUGCUCUGUAAACACCAUGUGUUGGGUACCUGGAAGUGGCGGGGGGAGGCGCACUGAACCUGACCCUGCAGUCUCGAAGGAGCCUUGUAAAGAGGAACUUCAUGGACUGCCAGCGCCCUGCGGGACGUAUGUAAAUUGAACGCUAGUGUCCUUAAAAGCUCAGAGUAGGCUCAGUUUAGGAAAUAAAAGGUCUGUGGAAGGAAAACCUUUGCAUUUGGCUGGCUCUGAGCACCAUAUGUCCUGGAAUCUGUGUCAUAGUUUGUCUCGUGUCUGAUUUGGCUCUGAAUGAGAUGAGUCGGAUCACAUUUUUGGCAGAUUUUACCCUUUUAAAAACACGUUUCAUUAAUGCAGGUACUGGUUUGUUAAAAAUGCCUUGGUGACCCCAGGACUGACAGAAGCGCAGUUCCCACCAGCGCGUGGCUUUUCUCAAGUGACCUCAAUUCCUUCUAAGAUUGCUGUUUGUGGGCAGGAACUUUUUUUGAGCUAAAUUCCAAGGGGAAAUUAAAAGAGUGUAAGAAUUUCUUGAAAGAAUCAGAUCCAGGAUCUGUCUCAGGAAUUCUGUCCUAGAUUCUGCUCCCUCAUACAUAUGAUCAUUUGGUUUUUUUGUUUGUGUGUGUGUUUGUUUUUUCUUUUUAUCGGUACCGGGGAUCGAACUCAUGACCGCCUGCUUGCAAGGCAGGUGCUUAUGCCGCUGAGCUAAAUCCCCAGCUAAUACGUAUGAUCAUUUGUAUGUUUUUCUCCAUCUAAAAUUCACUUUAUUAUUUUUAACAUUUAAGGAAUGUAAACAGCUGCCUUACCUGCAAUAGAAUGAUCAGCUCCUAUAGUGAGAGAUACUUAGCUAUUGGAUAUUCAAAUUCAGUCCCUAUGAAGCAUCCCGUCUAUUGUGGGUAUCAGUUCUUUUUUUCCCUGUACUUAUCCUCAAUAUACUGGUGCAAUUUAUUGUCAACCUUUUAAAGGAAAAACUAAUAUAAGUCUCCUUUGGCCUAAGAUAGAUUGGAUAAAUUAAUCCACAUUCUAAUACUUUCCUAGUUGCUGUAAAAAAACUUCUUCCUUUUCCUUUUAUAUGUUGAUAACCAAAUAACUGCUUAUCAUUUUUAACCUUAUUGGCUUAAACGAAUGUGGGUUUUUUGCUAGCUGUCAGGUCAACUCCACUUAGGCUAACCUUUCCAUUUGAGAGAAUUCCUGUCUUUGGCUGAAUUAUGAAAAUAUUGCUCUGUAUGUGACUGGAUAGGGUUCCCUUAGAAGGGUCCCUUAAAACUGUAAAAACUUACUUUUCUUAUUUUUGACCCAAUACCAGUCUUAUACUUACAGAUAAAAGACCACGGGUUACCUAGACUUCUUUUGGCAACCUAUCAGAAAAGAAAUGUAGAAUUUAACAGGCCAUUCUGUAUUUUCUUUUGCUAUGUUUAACUACUAAACUUUUAAUUCUGUUCCAAAGGAUCUCUUGGAAUUUUUAAUGUACCUGUAUAUAAAUAGGAUAUACGUGUACCUGGACACAUCUCUAUUAUUAACAUUCUGAUCCCUAGAUAAUUUGGUAUGAUAUAGGGUUCAAUUUGUAGGGGGAAUCAUUAAAACAAUCAAAUCUUCCCUACAACCAACAUGCUCAGUUAUUUUCAGACAUAAAUAUAUAUGACUUUUUCAUACUGCAAAAUAAAGCAUUUUUCUGCUCAGCUCUAUCUCAGAAACAAACUUGCUCUCCUGAUAAUAUAAAUGACAAAGUAAAGGCAGCUGGCCCAACAGGCUAUGGGACAACUGUCUUCUAUAUCCACCCAACAAGCACUGUGUAAAACUACCCUGUCCCUCUAUAAAGUUGUACCUACUACUGAUGAUUUGGGAUACAUAAGUGAUUUCUUAGUGAAGAAACAGUUAUGGAUCCUAUGAGCUUCACUGUGGUCCCUGGACAAAAAAAGUUUCUGUGGGUGCCAGGUCAGUUCCCUCCCAUACUCAUCUGCUGCUGUCUCUUCCCUAGGGCUCAAUCCAUAAUCAAAGACACUUGUGUCUCCUCAGCAAACCCAUCUGGUUGUUAUGUUUUUACAGUGCUUGGUAUUGGACCCAAAACUCCCUAGGCAAGUGCGCCACCAUGGAACUGCACCUGCAGGCCUCAACAAACCCAUUCUGAAGCUGAUAUUUAGAGCUUACCUUGAAAAACAUCUAAGCCAACUCCUCCCAAGGUAGACAUUCCCCUCCCACGCAACCCCUUCUGAGAGUGUAGCAUGAUGCCUUUCAAGGGCCCACACAGGAUGAUGUUCGAUUGAUUUGCUAUCAUUUGGAUUUAAGGGAAAGAUUGAUGAUCUCUGAAAGAAUACGCAUGGUGUAUGCAGAACUGAUACCCUUUUUUUUUAUAAAGAAGAGAAACCCACAGAGGUGCACUUCUUUUAAAGCUGUCACUUGAGAGUUCAGCAAAGGUUUAAUAAAGUGAACUUUCUGAAUCUGAAAUAAUAAUUUCAUUUGAUUGGAAGUUUCUGGAUCUUAGCAUUUCACAUUUUUAUCUGGGCUAAUAAUAACUUUAUGAGAUAAUCAUGUACAAGGAGCCCCCAACUGAAUCACAGCAAAGGUGAAAAUUAUUUGUGAUUUAUUUUUUCUUCAUAUGACAGACUAAUUACUUUGUAAAGUGGACAUCUAGCCUUCAAACUCAUUACCGUAGGCCUCAGACACUUUGAGAAGUUGAUUCCCUUAUACACUCUCCCUUCUUCCAUGGGUUGAAAGGUCUGAGGGAUAGUUAAAUUCUGAGCUCCUUGUAAGACACAAGUGCAAACAAACACAGUGUCUGGCUUACAGUGGUCUCAUAAAGCUAUGCAGCUGAUCUUGGGAAUGUGACCUCUUUUUUCCAGGACUCCAAAUAUUGAAAUUAUAUGUUGACUUUCUGACUGAAAUGAAGGAUGAAGGUUUUUAAAGACAACCUAGAAAGUAUGAUACAACAACAGUCAUAUGGAUCAGAGAUUCUUCUAUAAUUUCACUUACUUUUACUUAAAGGUAAAAGACUAUCUUCCUCUUUAGGAGGUGUGUUUAUGAUAGGUAACAUCCAAAAGCUUAAUAAAAGAAAGACAACACCAUAGUUUCAGAAAGUACUGCUAGAACACAUUGAAAGUCCUGUGUGCCAAAGCGGCCUUAAAAAACAAAAUUAGUUUUGUCCCCAGCAAUAAAACUAUGUUCCUAUCCACAUUUCAUAGGUGGACCUAAGAUUUCCCUAAUGUCCAAGAGAGAUUAUGCUCACACCUCCUGUACAGGGAGGUCAUGUUUCUUGGCAUGUGAGCUCUCCACACUGGUCACAACUGAUCAUAUCAAGGCUCAAGACCUGAGGCAAAGUGACUCCUUUUCAAGCCUAGGGAGGAAAGUGAACCCAGCAAUACUUAGCCCAAUCCAUUUCAGUCUGAAUAUGAGAAACAGAAAAUAAUUGAGUAGCAGCAAGAGCACCAGGAUAGACACAGUUACAUAUCGGUGCCAGCGUGGAACAGGAACAGCAAUUACUUUUGCCACCAAGUCUAGAGGUCCUUUUGAGUCACCAUUUCUGCUUGUAGAUUACUGGAGAAACUACUGAACAAUGAGUCUGAGCUUUGUAGGUACAGGGUUGCUUUCCUAUCUUCCUUCCUUUCUUAUGUAUUGACAUAAAUAAACUCACAUGAACUGA